GCAUUGAUAAAACCGUCUGCCCUCGGGUGGCCAGAGGGGUGGCGGUACCCGUGGCGUGGUUCAGUGCGGGUUCUGGGGGCGGCGCGGGCGGGUCUGCCUCCGUUCGAAACGAGCCCUUCGCCACAGCAGUCGCACAUACAAGGGAGCCCGGCUAGUCAACAAAAAUAAAUUAUAAAUUUCCACAAAACGUAUUGAAUUGUACCGGGCUCACCUUUACUUCCUCAUCACAAGUAUUUAUUAUACGUCAAGGGCCGUUAGACUCUGGCCCUUCGGAGCCCUUCGUAACAGCAGUUGGAUCAAAGUUGAGGGAGAAUUGAGAAGGAUUCUGCUGAGGAACAGGGUUAAAACAUUCAACGAGAAGCAACCCGUCGUGAUCGUCCCCGACUCGUUGCAGUUUUCAGUAUGGAGGGCCCCGGACCGGUAGAAAGGGGCAGAAACUUUCGUCUACUUGUGAAUGAGGAGCUUCCACUACUCUUAGAAUUUCUCGCUGGAUACUUACCUGAGUCACUCAAGUUUCAUCAGACAGUUUUGACGUACAUGAGAAACAAAGUAUGGGAGUUUCAUUUUUAUGUUGCUGACGGCUGGCCGGAUGUCCCCAUUUGUUUACACUUUCCAGGAAUGACUUUGUCCCCGCACGGUUUUCUGUACGAGAGCUUCGGGGUAUUCUGUCCAAACAAGAGCCUGGAUCACCUUCACCUGCUGCGUGACGAAGAUAUCCUGAUUGACUGGGAGAAACCACUGUACAUUAAUUUCGUCCACCACGAGAUUGCCGGUGAGUUGUUCGAUCUUUACAACGGAACUGGGACAAUUGAACGUGUCCUGGGUGAUGUAUGGGCGAGUGAAGAGCCAGGAAAUACCAUACAAAUUGAGGAUGAGACAAUCGAGGGUGAACCAGAGGUCCAGGUACUCCCUCUAUGUCCAGAACAUGCUGAAGGAAUACACGAAUUAUAUCCAGCCAAUGAUAUGGAGUGUCACGAGCUCUUUCUUCGUUUGAUAAGAAUAUUACCAGCAGCUGGGGUUUUUGUCGAUGGAAAAUUGGCUGCUUGGAUGAUACAGUCGUACUAUGGUGCCAUGUUCUCCAUGCAGACCAAGCCCGAGUACAGGAGGAAAGGAUAUGGCACGAGACUUGCGAGGUACCUGACAAAAACAGUAGCGGACAGGGGUUACACUCCCUUCGUCGUAAUACGUCCGGAAAACGAGGCCAGCCAGAGUCUUUAUAAAAAACUUGGAUUUAGAAGACUUUACCAAACAGUUCGAGCAACAUUUACCCCUUACAACUGUCAAAAAAUAUUGGACGAUGAUGAAUCAAGCCAGAAUAAUGAUUUUUCCAACACAGUGAGAAAAUUUCAGAUUGAACAACGGGUUAUUGAUACACUGCAGAGUGACGAAGACACUACUGUCAUGGCUGAUAAUGAUGACAAUGGGGGUGAAGAUACAAUACGUGAUCCAAUGGAUUCGCCGAAAGACGAUGACGAGGAUGAAAUUGAGGAGAAUGGCUUCACGAGGAAUGCCGAGUGUCUUCAACCGAUUGAAGAACAGCCUGAGGACAGAAUAGACUCGGUUGACGAUGGUCAGUGUGAAAAUAAUGGUACCAUGCAGGAUGUGGUUAGCACUGAUGAGAAUGAUUGUCCUGAUAGCGUUGAGGAUGAAUAGAGUUUUAAGUAAAGAAAUGACUUUUUUUUAGCUAGGGAAUCAUUUCAAUGUACGAGGAAUGGUCCAUUAGUCACAGUUUAUGUUAUUUUUUUCAUGAAAAAAAAAUUCAGAACAUCUGGCCGUCAAUAGAAACAAAAAAUCAAGUAAUUUUGUGGUGACGUGUAAGACGAGGUAAGUUAAUUUAUUCCCAGGUUUGUUUAUCGAUGGAUAUCUCAAAACUGACGGGAAAUUUCGGAAUUUUCAUGAUAAACUUUUUUGUUGAGAAAAAUGAGUUCUAAAAAGAAAGUCUACAUGAACAUUUUUCCAUUGCUCAUGGAUUUCGAGAUAUUUAUUGAAAAACGAGGCUGGAAAUGAGUUAGUCCACCUUGUUUUAUCACUUCGCCGCAAAAAUAGUAUCUAUUACGCAAUAAAUGAUAUGUAUUGAACAAUUGAGUGUUCCUCGGGCAUUGAACUAUGAGAGAAACAAAUGGUGUUUUUGUGGGACAAUUAAAUGGGAAAAUUGAAAAUAGAGAAGAGAAAUGCUUCAGUUUCAUUCCACAAAAGAAUUAAUAAUUUAGCUUCCCAAUGGCAGCUUCAAACAUUCCAAGUUGCUGAAUAUCAAUUUCUCUAUUUAACGAAAACCCUAAAAGCACAAAAGUUAUCACAACUGGAGAAGUAAAAGUAAAAUAUUUUAACGAAAUUUUCAAAAGCCAGAACAAACUUAACUCAGCGAUGAAUUUGUCAAUUCGCUCGAGGUCCCAGUUUGUAAAUGCACGUGCGGAGAUAUCCGGCCUCUCUGUGCGUAUACCUCAUAUCAUAUUUUUCAGAUGAAAAUGAAUGAAAAUUGAUGCGAUGUAGAGACCGCCUAGCAGGCUCAGGACCAAAGGAAAUAAGGGGUAGAAUGUACUCGGCGGGUUUCGCUCAUUGAAGCAAUCAAGAUUAUUUUCGAUUUUAUUGAACCCUUACUCUACGUUUUUUUAAACAAUCGCUCUCUCAUUCCCUGAACAGUUGGGGUUCUGUAGAAUUUUUUUUGAGUCGCAUUUCGCUUUUUUCCUUUUUUACAUUUUCACAUUUCAUUUUCUUUCUCAUUUUCCUUUUCAUCAGUUUUGCCAAUGAAACAACCGCGAAACUAGUUAAUGAUUCGCGAAAUACAAACGAAAUGCCGGGAAAAUAAUUGAUCAACUGUUAAUUCUUGAUUGCAACGGGGAGCUGAGUAUACAGGCGAAUGUAGAAAUCAUCGAGCAGAAGAAAAAGUUGAAAAAAUUAACCGAGCCUUUCCUUGAUAGUAUGCUGACGAGACAUGUGGAGUCAUUGGUCGGUGAAAGCAAUCUGUGAUUAUUAUUUCUCUGUAUAAAGUAUGUAGGAACGUAAACGUCUUGUAAGAAUAUGAAAAUUAAAAGAAAUAAGAAUAAAAGUGAAACUCCUGGGACCUUGAGCGAAAAUAAUGAAGCUAAAAAUAGUGAAAACGAUAAAGAAAAAUGAUAAUUAACAUAAAGCCCUGAAUAAUCUAAAUUUCAGGAUAACAUUAUUGACGCAGUCUUUGACUCAUUGACGAAAAAUAUUGAAUGACAUUUUCAAUGUCUGUGACAUAGUGUCCUUGCAAUGAUUAAGGAGACAGGUGGAUCAAGCUCGAGCCUCAGAGGUAUAAAAAAAAACAAAUAGUCACCUCAGAUAGAUAGGUUACUUGUAUAAUUUUUUCUACGUUUAAUAGGUGAUAAUCAAAUCAAUUGUAUACAGAUAGGACGAUAAUAAGAAUAAUGAAGAUUGACAAUUGAGAGUUGGGGCUUAAGUUGGAGUCACCUGGAUUUUAUUCCUGGAUAUGUAAAAAUAUGUAUUAUUAUUAUUAAUUUUCUGUGCAGGUGUGAGAGAUGAGAAGUAUAAAGGGCUAAGAAAUUUUCGUACUAUUCGAAUUUUUCAGGGAAAAUCAUUUUUACUCGAAAUUGAUAGAUUGAAAGAUAAUGCGUGUGGCCCAAUGAGAAGAGUAGGAAUUUUUCCUCAUCUUUCAUUGGUUCCAACUAAGUAUUGUUGAGGACAUUGACAGAGUAAAUAACGGGAGAAAACCGAACUACUUGUUUAUCUGUUCAUUUAAAUUCUCUGUUAUUCUUUCCUGAAUUACUCGUUUCGUAGGUGAAAGGGGGCAAGCUGUGAUACUUUAUCCAAUGCAUUGUAUUAUUCUCUGUUAGUCUCCGUAUGUUUAGUCUACACACGAAAAAAAAAAAAGGAAAGUCACUCAUAUUUUUUCCGUUCAAUUCGAAUAUCUCUCAGUAUUUUAGCAUUUUUAUAUUAUUUUGUGAUUACGAAACAGAGAAUGACGAUAAUGAAGGUGAUAAUCUCUCAGGGAUUAUCAAGUCAAUUAGAUUUGGCCCUCAAGUCGCACUCGAUGAGAUUUAAGAUUUUGAAAAUUAAGGGAAAUUAAUAAUAACCAGUUGACAUUCUCAUCCACCUCAUCAACCACGCCAAUGCCUGAAAUUAAUAUUCCUAUUAUAAUGAAUAACAAUUAAAGACGCGAAAAUGAGAGAGGAUUUUUCCAGUGAUCAAGCACAUUUCCUUCGUUGGCCCAAUUAUUUUUCACCGCUUUGAGCUCUAAUUUAACUAAAAUAUUUCUUUAAAUAAAUUUCACGCGAAUGUGCGAGGGGUUUCGAUCGAAUUCCUGUCCAAUAGGGGGCCAGGAGAAUCGAUAAAUUCAUUCAAAAGCUUGUGACAACGAAUCCAGCUUUCAAAAAAUAAUAUGCCAUCUUAGUGAACGGCUUGCUAGCCCUGUUUUAAGAGUGAAAUUUAUAUCUAGGGGCCUAACAAUGACAAAGGAAGAAGAUUACUCAGUUUUUUCAAUUCUCUGUUGUAAAUCGGUUGUAUACGAGGGGAAAAAAAAUCAAUCUCUUGCUGACCAAUCUGUUAGAAAUAAAAUCUAACUCUUCGAUUGAACAAUUUUGGGCGAAUAAAAUAAUACUCUUUUCAUUGCUCUCUCUCUCUCUUUCUUCCUCUUGCACAUUUCGCUUGUCAAUGACAGCAAUGUUUCUCCGCCUGUCAAUACUACCGAUAAAGACAGAAGGUGUAUUAAAAGUGGUGAAUAACAAACAAAUAUAACACUCGACUGAAUGAAUAAAUACGAGAUAACAUAUGUACAGAUGGAAUGUCUUAUACGUAAGAAGAGUGAAAUGAGUAUUUGUUGAGUCGAGGGAGAGUGCGAAGUGAGAAAAUAUUGAAGUGAUGGUCUCUUUCGGACAAUGAAAUUUCAUGUUUUGGAAUAGUAAAAAAAAUAUAUAAAAAUUUUUAUCA